UAAACUGAAGUGAGUUCAGCAAGGGCCACACGAGGCGGGUGGCAGCAGGAGCACCCAUCCUGUGAGGUGGACACACUUCAUUUAGUCACCUACACUUAAUGCCCGUCCCAGAGGAAAAUGCAACGGCUUCCAGUGCAGGCACUUUCCUCAGCCUCAGUGAGAUGGUGAGGAGAGAAGGAAAGCAAGGAGGAAACAAGUGAGGACUUCUACACAGUGAAGGACUGAGACUGCUUCAUCUCAAGCUUUCCCUCAGCCCCUGAGAGGUUUCUUCCCCUUCCAGUCCUUCACUUCUCCUCCCACCCCUCUCUCUGUUCAACACCCUCCUUGCAGCAUUGCCAGGACUCUCCUCCAAACCACCAUCACCUUGGGGAAUGAUCCCAGCUCCACCUCCCUUUUCUCCCCUUGCAUCCACAAGUUUUCACAGCGCUGUAAGUUCCCCAACCAGUGCAUACCAGGAGGCCUCCCCACUGAGGGCAGGCAGUCAGCAGGAGCAGCACCUAGCAACAAUGAGCACUCCCUGGGAGCUUUGUUUACACUGCCAAAGACUCCCACCCACUCUCCUGGCCAAUAAAUUCCCCUGUGAGAGCACCUCCAGGCACUGAGCAGGUUCCCUGUGAUGCAGCUGCUCAUCCCAGCCAUCCUCUGCCUGCUGGGCUCCUGCUGCCUCUGGGGUACCGAGUCACGGCAGUAUGAGUCCAUCCUCAUGGUGCCAAAUGGAGGUCCCUGGGGCUCUUGGGGGCACAAGCAAUUUUGCCCCAGUGGCUACGCAAAGGGAUUUGAAUUGAAGGUCCAGCUCUACCAGGGGUUUUGGCUGUUUGGUGGUGACACAGCUCUGAAUGGCAUCCGCCUGCUCUGCACGGACGGCACAGUCAUUGAGUCCUCUGUGGGGUGGUGGGGAAACUGGACUGAGGCCCAGCUCUGCUCCAGCAACCAGCUGGUUUCCUUCUCACUGCGCGUGGAAAGGUGGCAGCACCUGCGAGACAACACGGCAGUCAACAAUGUGAGGUUUGCCUGCUCCAACGGGACACAGCUGGAGGGCUGGGGACUUUCGGGGGGUCACUACGGCCCAUGGAGCAGCAACUGCACCUCUGGGGCCAUCUGUGGGCUCCAAACAAAGGUGGAAGAACCCCAGGGGAAGUGGGAUGACACAGCUCUCAAUGACAUGAGAGUCUUCUGCUGUCAUUAAACCUGACUCCCCCACCACAUGCCAGCGUCUACAAAGCUGCACAGCAUUAAACCUUGAAUCUGUCCUUGCACAAA